GAGGUGAUAGCUGUGAGCUGUUCCUGGUGCAAACGAUCAUAUCAUAACAAAGUAGGAUGCUUUUCGUCGCACUGCUUUGAGGAAUCAUGCGAUCGUGGUGAUCUAAAAGAGAUGAUUGUACCGCCAACAUGGAUUCAGCUCACGAAUCCUAGCAAAACACGGAGUAAGAAAAGUGCUGGAAAACGAAAAAGACGUCGGGUAUUUACGGUAAGACCCCAGCCAGCACCAGACGAUGGUCGAAUCUGGCCAAGUCAGCCGCUCCUCGUAUUUGUUAAUCCAAAAUCAGGUGGCAAUAAAGGUUCCAAAAUGUUAAAUACACUUUGCUGGUUGCUUAAUCCACGACAAGUAUUUGAUAUCAAUGCCCUGAAGGGACCUCAGUUCGGACUCAAUAUGUUCAAAAAAGUAGCGGCGAGUCUGCGACUGCUUGUUUGUGGAGGAGAUGGUACUGUUGGCUGGAUUUUGAGCACACUUGAUAAAGUAUGCUUUUUUUUUGACUUAAAAAUUUUUUUUGCAAAUGAAACAUCCAAUCCUUGAAG